AGAUAAAGCAGCCCGUGUGUGACGAGACGCGCUCCGUCCUCCUCCUGCAAACUUUGCGAAGCUGCGCGCAGCCGUCGCGCGCCCAUCGCGCGCCCACCGCGCGCCCGGCCUCGGGAGCGAUUCGCUGUCCCAGAAUCGAGACAUCGCCGAAGAGGCAGAGCUCUGUGAUGUUUUUAAAACCCGCCCUCCGGAGAGAUCUCAUUUCCCCCAAAACCUCCCAUUCCUCUCUCUCUCUCUCUCUCUCUCUCUCUCUUCCUCUCCGUCUCUCUCUCUCUCUCUCUCUCUCUCUCUCUCUCUCUCUCCCCCAUCCCUUUUUCUCAUUCCUCAUCUUCUUUUCCUCUCCGUUUCUUGUCUUCUCUGAACAGCGGAGCCACUCCAGACCCAUGGAGCAUCCGACGGCGCGCUGCGUUCUGCUCCUCUCGUGCCUCGUCGCUCUGCUGCUCGCGGCCGAUGUGGACGAGGACGAGCCGAGCUUCGACGUGGAGCCCCCGAGUGCCUCCGACCUGAUCGAUUACAAGGAUCCCUGCAAAGCCGCUGCCUUUCUGGGAGACAUCGCCCUGGAUGAGGAUGACCUGCGCAUGUUCCAGUUGGAAAGCUUCCCAAAUGUGGGUCAGGGCACGGUCCAGAGUAGCAACAGCACAUCUUCAGGGUCUUCAACAAAUGAAACAACUCAGGACAGCGUUGUCCCUCAAGGUCAGCGCAUACACCGCAGGAAAAGGGCAGCAACCUCCAGACCUGAAAGGGUUUGGCCGGAGGGGGUCAUUCCAUAUGUAAUCAGUGGCAAUUUCAGUGGCAGCCAGCGAGCGAUAUUCCGACAAGCCAUGCGCCACUGGGAGAAGCACACCUGUGUGACUUUCAUUGAAAGGACGCAAGAAGAGAGCUACAUUGUGUUCACGUACCGACCGUGUGGGUGUUGUUCAUACGUGGGGCGGAGGGGCGGGGGCCCCCAGGCCAUCUCCAUUGGUAAGAACUGUGACAAGUUCGGCAUUGUGGUGCACGAGCUGGGUCACGUGAUUGGCUUCUGGCACGAGCACACGCGGCCCGACAGGGACGACCACGUCAGCAUCAUUAGAGAGAACAUCCAGCCAGGACAGGAGUACAACUUCUUGAAGAUGGAGCCUGGGGAGGUGGAUUCUCUGGGAGAAGUGUACGACUUUGACAGCAUCAUGCACUACGCCAGGAACACCUUCUCUAGAGGCAUCUUCCUGGACACCAUCUUGCCACGCUAUGACGUGAAUGGAGUUCGGCCGCCCAUUGGCCAACGGACGAGGCUGAGCAAGGGAGACAUUGCGCAGGCACGCAAACUCUACAAAUGUUCAAAGUGUGGUGAAAGUCUGCAGGACAGCAGCGGAAACUUCUCUUCCCCUGGUUUUCCCAAUGGCUACUCUGCUUACCUGCACUGUAUCUGGAGGAUAUCAGUCACACCUGGGGAGAAGAUCAUUCUGAACUUCACCUCCAUGGAUCUGUACAGGAGCCACCUGUGCUGGUAUGACCAUGUGGAGAUCAGAGAUGGAUACUGGAGGAAAGCCCCUUUGAAAGGGCGUUUCUGUGGGGACAAGCUACCAGAACCCAUUAUCUCCACCGACAGUCGCCUCUGGAUCGAGUUCCGCAGCAGCAGCAACUGGGUGGGCAAGGGCUUCUCUGCAGUGUAUGAAGCCAUCUGUGGCGGGGAGGUGAGGCGAGACAGUGGGCAGAUCCAGUCGCCUAACUACCCCGAUGACUAUCGACCCAACAAGGUGUGCGUGUGGAAGAUCACCGUAGCACAGGGCUUCCAUGUGGGUCUGACCUUCCAGUCUUUCGAGAUUGAGAGACAUGACAGCUGUGCCUACGACUACCUGGAGGUGCGAGACGGAAACUCUGAGAACAGCCCCUUGAUAGGACGAUUUUGCGGCUACGAUAAACCUGACGACAUAAAGACCAGUUCCAACCAGCUGUAUAUGAAGUUUGUGUCCGAUGGCUCCGUCAACAAAGCUGGUUUUGCUGCCAACUUCUUCAAAGAGAUGGACGAGUGCUCCAAGCCGGACAAUGGGCGAUGCGAGCAACGCUGUGUCAACACGCUGGGCAGCUACCGAUGUGCUUGCGACCCUGGGUUCGAGCUGGCCUCCGACAAGCGUAGCUGUGAGGCUGCCUGCGGGGGCUUCAUCACUAAGCUCAAUGGCUCCAUCACCAGCCCUGGCUGGCCUCGGGAGUACCCCCCCAACAAGAACUGCAUCUGGCAGCUGGUGGCCCCCACCCAGCAUCGCAUCACUCUGCUCUUCGACAGCUUCGAGACUGAGGGCAACGAUGUGUGUAAGUACGACUACGUGGAGGUGCGGAGCGGGCUGUCUGCAGACUCCAAGCUGCACGGGAAGUUCUGCGGGGCGGAGAAACCCGAAGCCAUCACCUCCCAGUACAAUAACAUGCGUAUCGAGUUCAAGUCUGACAACACUGUCUCCAAGAAGGGCUUCAAGGCUCAGUUCUUCUCUGAUAAGGACGAAUGCUCCAAGGAGAAUGGCGGCUGUCAGCACGAGUGUGUCAACACCUUCGGGAGCUACAGCUGUCAGUGCCGCAGUGGCUUCAUGCUGCACGAGAACAAGCAUGACUGCAAAGAAGCGGGUUGUGACCAUGUCGUGACCAGUGUGUCUGGCACCAUCACGAGCCCCAACUGGCCCGAUAAGUAUCCCAGCAAGAAGACGUGCUCCUGGGCCCUCUCCACCACACCUGGCCACCGCAUCAAACUCGCCUUCAAUGAGAUUGACAUGGAGGCCCACCUAGAGUGUGCCUACGACCAUGUUGAGGUGUUUGAUGGGCGUGAUAUCAAAGCCCCCAUCCUGGGCCGCUUCUGCGGAACCAAGAAGCCCCAGCCAGUCAUCUCCAGUGGCAACAAGAUGUUUAUACGCUUUUUCUCUGACAACUCAGUGCAGAAGAAGGGCUUUGAGGCCUCACACACAGCAGAGUGUGGAGGUCGCCUUAAGGCAGAGGUCAAGACAAAAGACUUGUACUCCCAUGCCCAGUUCGGGGACAACAAUUACCCUGGAGCCUCUGACUGCCAGUGGGUGAUCACAGCAGAGAAGGGCUACGGUGUGGAGCUCAUUUUCCAGACAUUUGAGAUUGAGGAAGAGGCAGACUGUGGAUAUGACUACAUGGAGCUCUUUGAUGGUGCUGACAACAAGUCCCCAAGGCUGGGUCGCUACUGUGGAUCUGGGCCUCCUGAAGAAAUCUACUCAGCCGGUGACUCUAUUGUCAUCAAGUUCCGCUCUGACGACACCAUCAACAAGAAGGGCUUCCAUGUGCGGUACACUAGCACCAAGUUCCAGGACACACUGCAUUCUCGCAAGUGACCCGUGGGGGCCGGGCGGGGCCGCACGGGGCAGAGGGGGCGGCGGGGGCGGCAGGGGCCCAAGGGGAGGCGCCAGCCCGAAGCAAGCAGAACCCCGGCCGCCAAGACCACCCAGGCCCGAAGGAAUGGCCGCAAGACCACCAACCACACCUCAGCUCCCAGAGGCAUGGGCUCCCUCCCCUGGACUGUGAGGAGUAAAGCCAUUCAGCAGUAGACCUUGUUUUUACCUUUUUUAUGGUUUUGAUGGGGUGGGAGGGUAGGGUGAGGAUACUGGGGUAGGCGGACGCUGAGGGAAAAUCUGUUGACCUCAGAAUUUUAGUUUUCCUUUUUAUUUUAUUUUUCAAUGCCUCCAAAUAUGAACACUCAAGUUCACUCAGGAUUUACAGGAAAGGCAGGCAUCAGCUGGUCAGUCCCCUGCUCCUGUCGAGCCCACCCAACAUGCCUGGGGGGGUGUUCUGGACGUUCUGGAAUAAACCGGUCUCCCUCCCUGAUUUCUCUGGGAUAUACCUCCCCUCUUUGCCCUGUCAUACUUUUUGUUGAAGGAUUCCUAUCUGUAGUUGGAUCUGUACCCAUUGGUCUUUGUUCUUGAUACUGUAUAUGAGAGAGUUGCAUGUCAUGACAAGGACAAAAAGAAAUGUUCAACUGCAGCACCAGCAUUUGUAAGUGGCCCCUCCUGGCUCCCAAUCCAGGACUGAUUUCCCUCCUUAUUACCGUUAAAAAGGAAAUUAAAGCAGUUAUCUUAUUAAAGGACUAAUAAAUGAAAUGUGAUCUAUGUCUGCUGGUUGUUACUUACCUGCCACUGAAGCCACUGUUAGAACAAAUUGUCAGUUGUUGCAAUUUUACAUGCCAGUUAAAGCCUAAGAAGGGUCGUAAUUUCUUCAGACAUACUGUACGUAGAUAAGUAAUAAAGCAUGUCCAUUGCAAUAUAGGAGGCAUGUUUUUGUAGAAAUUCAUUUUCAUCACAUUGUUAUGUAAUGCUGUUUUUUCCCCGGUGGUGUCACAUACUGUCUGGCUCUGCCCAGGAACCAUAUUCUUCUGAACUGGAAAAGAAAAAGCCAAACUACACAAAGUGUCACCUGAGCACAUGACCUUUUACUUUUCUUCCUGCUCUUCAAUACAUCAAGAAAAUUCUUUCCAGUUGAAGAAUGUCGUCUACAACGUUUUGCACUGCACCUGCCAUUUGCUGGCAUUGAUGCAGGGUAAUGGCUGCACCGUUGGUGGCGACCUUUACAGCGGUUGGG